UAGAACUCAGGUAGCUUAUGAACAAUUUAUUACAUACAACUCGGUCUCCUCAUUGGGAAUAAAAAGAAAAAACACUCAGCCUUCCUCCCAUCAUCAAGCGAUGGCGCAUCGUGAUGCGGUGGGUGGUUCUGAUGGCCGGCCACGCGAAAAGCCAAAUUAUGGCGCGAAACCCGAACCCUAGGCUAAACAAGCGGCGCCAAAGGGCGAAAACCUAUCUAUUAGAAUCCCUGCCCACAUCCUCGGCUCAAACCCCAUGCCCUAACUUCAUCGAAAACCUUGUCCGCUCUCUUCUUCCGAUCGCUGCUGGAGGGUUUCGACCCAUCUACAAGAUAAUGGAUACAUCUAGCCCUGCAGUUUUCGUGAAUGCAGAGCUUCUGAAGAUGUACCAGGGACGGAGAGUUCGGGCGGUGGUUCAAGUGAUGCGAAAUGAAGGUGGGUUGAUUGUAGGGCAAUCAACUGAUGGGCAUCAGUUAACUGUAAAGGUUUCUCAGGCCUUCCCUCUGUCACAUUUUGUGGAGGUUAUUGGUAUUGCUGAUGGCAAUCAAUCAAUUCGUGCUGAAAUUUGCACUGAUUUUGGUGAUACAUAUGAUACCUUAGCAUACAAUGGGCUAUGCCAGCUUGCAAAUGGCAAAUUCAAGAACCUCUUCCUCUGAUGCAUUGGGGCUGGACCUGAUCCAAGAAGAUAGAAAUAUGUAGUCAUUCUGGCCUCCUAAUGAUGUAUAUUUCCUGUUAAGAAGGGAUGGUAUCGACAGCCUGAUUUUGCAUGCAAGACCUUAGAUAAAUUGGUUUUUGAGGCCUCCAGCCAUCUUACUCUUGCAAAGGUUGUGCACCGGGCCCAGCCUGUGCAUACCGUGCAAUGUAUCUGUUUCUUAUUAAAGUUUGAUUGAGCUCUUUCUAGGUUUUCACUGAAUCAAAAAGCUUGUUGAUACUGAAAAGGUAUGGAGAUGGUGGCGUUGCUGAAAGAAA